GAUGCUUAUAAAGCACGUCUGUCCCCCGCCACUUUGAUUUUCUUCACUUUAACCACAUGAUAUUGACCUGAUAGACAGCAUGCACUGGGAGAAAUCGUCACCAGCAGCAGUGGGCAGAUCCAGACCGUACCAAGGGGUUCGAGUCAGGGACCCUGUCAAAGAGCUGCUGAGGAGGAAGAGGAGCCUGGAGCUCCACAGCAACAAGACGCCACCUCUGACUGCAGAUGCGGUCGCCCACAGCAACCAGCCAUCAUUUCCUCCAGGCAUCUUUGGCUCUGAUGUUGGCAGCGGUUCUGCAGCUGAGCCGUCGGCUGCAGCUGGUGAUGGAGGGCUACAGUGUUCGGGGUGGAAAGCUGCACCUUCUGUCUCCAGCGCUGGACUGCAGCCAGCUGUGAUGCCCUGGUCUUCAUCUGACUACAACCAGCAGGACCCCUCAGCUCAGACCCUGGCCUACCCAGCCACCCCCACACUCACUGCUGAUGUGUACAUGCAGACUCUGUGUCCCAGUUACACCAUGCUGACCUACACACACACACCACUGCUGACGAACUUUGGGACCAUACCGGUGGCCCCAGCCCCAGGCUCUCUCCCUCAGAUGGAGCUCCCAGACUCAGGGUUGACCUACCUUCCCUGGGCCCAGCCCCUCACCACCAUAUCUACCAUGCCCAACCCAGGGGUCCAGUUUUCCUCAGGGUCUGCAGCCCUGCCCGGGUCACCUCUGGUCCACAUGCCUUUGUCCAUGUCUUUGACCACCAUGUUCCCUCAGCUGGAGACCCAGGGUGCGGACCCUCAACCGCAGAUCCUGGAACUCCCCCAGCAUUCAGACCACCAGCUGGACCCCGAACCACAGGGUCAGUCUCUGAAUGAAGAUCCAGAGGUGGAGUCAGAAUCACCAAACCUGUUGGAUAAACUGCUGGAGGAUCACAAGGAGCCUGGUGAGGAGGAGGAGACAGACUCAUACAGGAGCUCAAUCUUCAUACCCAGUGUUUGAAAACAUAAGUGUUCAUUUUAUCUACAAAGAGUAUGUUUGUGUCUUUUUAUCUCAGGGGAAAUGUUCUUACAGAUCUUUCUUGCAUAACUUUUGACUUGAUAAAUUCUUGUUUUUUCUAUCAAUACAAAUUGCUGACAAAGUGUAUAUUGAUGAGUUUCUGUAAUUCUAGUUGAUUUUAACCUGAGUUAUAUCUUGUGAUGGUAACUUCUAAAAUCAAUUCUAGAUUAUUAUAUUAAUACAAAUCUUCCUAGUAACCUUCCCAAAGAGACAGUGUGUAGCUCCUGAUGUGACAUUUAUACUGUGGGAUUUGAUUUAUUGCAGAUUUACUCAGUCAUUUGUGAUUUAAAAUCUAGCCUUAAUAACUUUAAGGCCUCAAAUGAUACAUUCCUCGUGUGCUGCACAGUCUGAAAGGAUUUUGUGUGUAAACAACAGCUGACUUGAGGUAAUAAAUGCUGGUUUAGUUUUUGGUGCAUUCGGAGAAAUGGGUUCUAAGAGUGUAGGGGGAGGUUGGUACACAACUCGUCACUGUUUUUGGGUUCACUCUAGUUUAAGUUCUCUUAUUUAGCAUUCACAAACGGUUAACAUUUAAUUAUUUAGAUCCAAGUAUAAUGUAGUUGUAAGCAGAUAUGAGGACAUUUCUAAACAUCAGUGACUGUAUUCACAAAAGUAAGAAGGAACUAGAAUUAUUUGUUAAUGUUAAUAGUCGCACCUGUUCCAUUUUACUGUUCUUGCAAUGACAACAAAUGUGUAAUGUUAUAGGUUUUUUUUUAAUGAAUAAUGCGCUUACAUAAAGCCAAAUACAGGAUAUUUUGUUCAUUUUUUUCUGAAAUUUCAAUUUAGUUUUCUGCCACACUGACGUGUUGCAACUUCAUGUAGAUUUUUAUUGUAAACCAUAUUAAAGUAUUGAAUGUUUUAAGGCA